GUUCCAUUUAUACCAAAACUGCUGACUUGAAGUUUGCAAAGUCCAUAAUUCACCAAGAGAAGGGAUCAGCUGUAGUCUUUAGAGGAAUUCUAAGCUCCUCUGCCACUCAACAAAUAAGAAGCUUCUUAAAGGAAGACGCUCAAGAAAACAUCUCAGGGAUAAAGACCAUAAAAGUACUGAUAGGCAUUGGUCGCCAUGGCUGUCCACUCUUAGGUUCUGAUUUCCUAAAAAUAGACCUCAGGGUACAGAUGCCUCUUUCCCUUUGCCCUAAGAAAGCUAAAAAACUCUCCAAGGGGAGUGGCUACUUCUCUCUGAAACCUGAUGCUAGCUGUGAGGUCACAGCUUCUCCAAAAAUAAAAGGCAGCCUCGGCAAGGGAGGCCCCCACUCAGGGACUGGAGCAACCCUCAACUCACUCUUCAGCUUCGCCGCUGUUUGCAGCCCAGAAGCUCCAUCAUGUCCUUCAGUGCUGACCAGAUUGCUGAUCGAGUUCUCUAAGCAGCAGCAGGAUGAAUUCAAGGAGGCAUUUCUCCUAUUUGACAGAAAAGGCGAUAACAAGAUCAUCUUAAACCAGGUUGGUGAUGUCCUUCGGGCUCUGGGCACAAAUCCCACCAAUGCAGAGGUCAAGACGGUUCUGGGAAAUCCCAGCAAUGAAGAGAUGAAUGCCAAGAAAAUUGAGUUUGAACAGUUUCUGCCCAUGUUGCAAUCUAUUUCCAACAACAAGGACCAGGGCACCUAUGAAGACUUUGUUGAGGGUCUGCGUGUCUUUGACAAGGAAGGCAAUGGCACCGUUAUGGGUGCUGAACUUCGUCAUGUACUAGCUACACUAGGUGAAAAGAUGAAAGAGGAAGAAGUGGAAGCCCUGAUGGCAGGUCAAGAAGACUCCAAUGGCUGCAUCAACUAUGAAGCUUUUGUCAAGCACAUCAUGUCUAUCUAAAUGGAGCUCUCAAGAUCAAGCAUUGUUUAUGAAGACUGGCUGGAACGUUAUUCUAAGAACACCCAUGACUAACUGUCCAAAUCUGUUUACCAUCAUUCAGAAAAACAAAACAAUUUGGACCAUUUUAGACUGAAGGACUCCCUGAAUUUUUAUACACCUUAUGUUUCUCUCUGAAUUACAUUCAUAUCACACAAACCAAGUGUCUGCUGCUCUAGAGAAGAAGGAUAAAAUACUGACAAUCUCAAAUCCAAGCACUGCUCGCUCUAGAGAAGAAGGAUAAAAUACUGACAAUCUCAAAUCCAAGCACUGCUCUUUAUUUUCUACCAUGGGUCAAAGAACAUCCUUAAAAUAAAAAAUCAAUAAAUAAUUUUGGUCAGUCUGGAA